AUGUCGCACCCAGAGGACACCAUCCAUCGCUUGCAUCCUAGUGAUCCCGGACUGAUGCCCGAGAAACCCGAGAAAGCGCCAUCCCAACACUCCAACCUAUCUUCCGAAUUUGUCCCAGAUAUCCAGCGCGGCACUAUCUUGGGCAAUGAUGUCCACGCUGGACUUCAACGUAGACUCGGCAAUCGACAGAUACAGCUGGUCGCCAUUGGUGGUUCCAUUGGAACUGCCAUAUUCGUGACCAUCGGAGACGCACUCCGUAAAUCAGGCCCUGGAGGUCUAUUGUUAGCAUUCCUGAUCUACAAUGCCAUGCUCGCUAUGGUCAACAACUCCAUGGCGGAAAUGUCGACAUACAUGCCUGUGAGCGGUGGUUUCAUCUACCUGGCCGGCAAAUGGGUCGACGAUGCACUAGGUUUCAUGGUCGGCUGGAACUUCUUCCUCUAUGAAGCCAUCAUGAUCCCCUUCGAAAUCACCGCGAUUAAUUUGGUGCUGUCCUUCUGGCGUAACGAUAUCCCCCCUGCGGCUGUCUGUGUUGCUUGUAUUGUAAUAUACGCGUGA